CAGCGCAGGCGAACGUCAGCAUUAUGCCAUUGCACUCCUUGACAAGUUCUUCCGCCACGUGCCGGCAACAUUCCGUGCGGGUGUGUUAUACGACAUAGGCUGUCAGUUGCAUCGAAGCUGUUAUAAGUGGGACCUCCUACCAGAUUACCGCGACCGCAUAGUGUUCACGAUCUCGGUGUUCCACGCGUUUGGCCACCAAUGGCUAUGUCAAAUCAUAUACCACCCGCGAAAGUGUGCGUGUUUUGGCCUUUCAGAUGGAGAAGGAUGCGAGUGCCUCUGGAGCGCACUGGACCACCUCGUGGCCGGGCUGCGUGUUAGCGGUUACUUUCAACGGUUGUAUGUGAUCAACUCUCAAAUACACCAUCUGGAUGGCCUACACCGGCGUGGAAUCGCUGAAUGGCUUGUACGCAAGUACGAGGCGUGCCGCUCUCGAUGGAUCGAAGCUCAGGAUGGUCUUCAAAAAUGUUCCCUGACCAUGGAAUUCCUGCGCGACCAAUGGGAACUUCAAAAAAAAUCCGCGCAGACGAAACCACUUCGGAGACAGGUAAAGGACGCAGGUGCAAGAACCAUUGAUGCGAUUCUCGUCUUACAGGAUCAGCUGAAGGUCCUCGACAUGAACAUCACGAAACUCGAAAAGGCAGUCAUGAAGGGUCAAGGUGAUACCGAUACAAUGUUCCGGAUAGCUGAGCUGCUGGAGGAGCGCCGCCGUGCCAUGACAAAGAAGCACCGAAUGGAGGACAGCCUAGACCUUCGCAGGAGGCAGGAUCUCCAAGCGCUGCGCGCGAGUCGCUACCUGACGGCACGCCUUAACGCAUUGGCCCUGAAGAGCCGUAUCCGGGAUCGCUUGCAUCAGCGCAAGUUCAAAUUUGCGGGUAUAGAACGGAGGUUCCACACGGAGUCUUCCGGUGCGUCUCUCCGUCUGGACCUCAUCCUCAGUGCCGAGCCUGAAUCAUGGGAAUGUGUCAGACCGAAAGUUGGCAGCACACGCUACGAACGCGGUCCAUCGACGGGAACCCGGAAUCCAGACACUCGCCUGCAGGUAUAA